AUGAAUGAAUCUUCAGAGUCUGUUUCGGGACUAUGGGACUACUUGCCCAGGUCUUUUGAGACGACUUCGCCGACGUAUGCAAAGCCUCCACAGGUGGCUUCUUCGUGUGGACGAAUUGGUUUAGAUGGCAGCUGUUUGUCUGAAGGUCAUGAAAGGCAACCGACAGUGUUGGACCAUCAGGAUGAGAUUCUGGACUGUAGACUUGAGCAUGCGGCUCUGGUAGCCAGACAGCUGCGAUUACAAGCUGCAGAGCAGGAGGCCAACAGGGAGCAGAUCCAAGUGCAGCAGAGGUUAACGGCCUUACGUGAAGAGGUUCUGCAAGAGCAGAAGCGGCAGGAUUUUCUGCAGGCAGCACUGCAACGCGCCCAAGCAGGAGGUGCAGCGAUGCAGCUCGCAUCCGCCAUGACGUCCCAGCGCCAAGAAGCUGCAGUGGCAGCUCAGAAUCAACUUCUUGCGGGAAAGCCUUUGCUGUCAUCUCUGCGCCGUGAGUGCCAGGAUCGACAGAUGCGGUUUCAACAGUUUUCUCGUCCGGGUCGUGGCAAAGAGGAUGGUGAUGAGGACAUCAGGGCAUUGCGAGCGGAGCUGCACGAGAUUCGGUCGGAGCUGGCGGCGGAGCAGGCACGCGGAGCUCGGAUCAGCCUGCACACGCAGGCCCUGGAAAAGGAGAAACGAUCCUUGCAGGCAAAGACGACCGAUGCCAUGUCCGAGUUGCAAAUGCAGUUCGAGGAGCUGGUGGGAGACUCGAGAGAUGGUGCUCCUCUCACAGGUGACACUCGCCUGAGGUAG